UCCAUCAUUUACAAUCAUUUUUCAAAGAUGGCGUCGAGAAAGAAAAACGUGACUCGUGCUGUAGAGGGGAAAGAUGAAGAAGAAGAAAUACAGACGAUUCCUCGGCCCAACAUCUCACGUGUUAAAAACAAACAGAUACGAUCAGAGUUAUAUCGUAAAAUGAAAUCAGAGAAACGAAAAGCAAAGCUCAAAGAGAAGAAGCGAGAAAAACAAGAGGCUGAAGCAAUGGGUGAAGAGGCUCCUCCCAAAAAGGUGCCAAAGACGAUUGAGAGUAUGCGUGUAUUUGAUGAGACCAUGGUCAACACCCAGGAUGAAGAGAUCAUGAAAGAUGAAUCUCAAGAUGAGAUGUCGACAUACUUCAAUAGAAAGACAACCCCCAAGAUUCUUCUCACAACAACAGACAGACCCACCACUAGAACAAGAAAGCUGUGCAAAGAGCUGAAGAAAGUUAUUCCGAACAUUGAGGUUUACAAAAGACGGGCUCUAGAUCUGAAGAAAGUGAUACCACAAGCUAUUGCCAAAGAUUUCACAGAUCUUCUGGUCAUUAAUGAAGACAGAAAAGAACCCAAUGGUUUAGUAAUCUCUCAUCUCCCUGAUGGACCCACAGCACACUUCAAGAUGUCUAAUGUUAGACUGACAACAGACAUCAAGAAAGUAGGUCGUGUGACCGACCACCACCCCGAGGUGAUGCUGAACAACUUCAACACCCGACUCGGCCACACCAUUGGUCGUCUCCUGGCCUCCCUCUUCCCCCAUGACCCAGAGUUCCAGGGGCGGCGUGUAGCCACCUUCCACAACCAGAGAGACUUUAUAUUUUUCAGACAUCACAGAUAUGAAUUCAGAGAUUCAAAGAAAGUUGGACUUCGUGAAUUAGGUCCAAGAUUCACCCUAAAGCUGAGAUCACUUCAGAAAGGAACUUUUGACACAAAAUAUGGGGAAUAUGAAUGGAUACACAAGCGUCAUGAAAUGGACACCAGCAGGAGGAAGUUCUUCUUGUGAGGGACUGUAGUAUGAUUGGUGUUAAUCACUUGUCAUGUGAACAAUGGACAUCACUGAUAACAUUCAUAAAUCGAUCAGUAGAAUAUCACAACUCCUGGAUGAAGUGCAAACAGAUGCAUCCUUACAUGUACAGUCUGUAAAUAAAUGUCUCUCAAACUGUCA